AGUAUAUAAAGUUGAGAUUAAAUAGAAAUGUAAUGCAGUGAUGAGCUCACACGUAUAAAUAGCAAAUUCCAUCGUACCAUUCUGCUGAAAUCAGAGUGAGUCAGCUCCUAAUUAACUCAGACCUAGUUAAACAUGUCUCCGCCUGCUUCGCCGCCGCCGCUUCCUGGUGUUCCCAAGGAAAGUUGGUACAAGAAUCGCUUACAGCAAUACACGCAUAGAGCUUCUAUGCCGCUUCCGAUAUACGAAACUUUCAAUGAAGGAGCUCAACAUGCAUCCAAAUUCAGAUCUAGGGUUUGGGUGGACGGAGUUUGCUUCACAUCUCCCAAUACCUUUUCAAAUAGGAAAGCAUCGGAACAGGAUGCCGCCAAGCACGCAUUGAUCGGCCUUCGAGAGAAAGUGAAAAACGAGGGAUCUUCGCGUAUACUCGCGAACGCAACCUUUUGCAAAUCGAUAAUCAACGAGUAUGCUGUGAAGAUGAAUAUUGACUUGCCUUCGUAUUUGACUAAUGAAUCGAAGGAAUUAUCGGUUCCCGUAUUUGGUUCGUCCUUGAAUUUAGGCGGUGUUACGUAUGUUGGAGCUGCUGGAAGAAAUAGGAAGGAGGCCGAACAAUUUGCAGCACGUUCGGCGAUUCUAUCUAUUUUGGAAUCUGAAUCCGACACCACAAUGUCGGAAAUUGUCAGGUCCAAAUUUAGGUUUUACGAUGCAAAGACGGUCAACAAUUCGGCGGUCGUCCAGCUCGACACUACACCUAACGAAGUGCAGGCUAAAGAUCCAUCGAGUGACAAUGCGCCGCCGCCUGAAGUGAACUCGUUGGAAAAUAUCGAUGCAACUUCCUUGAUUAAUAAGAGAAAAGCAUGCAAUGAUGAUUCAUCAAGUGUCAAUGAAGGCAACAUGCCAGCUGGCGGGAUCCCAUUGGACGAGGAUGUUGGUCUUAAUAAGAGACAAAAAGUCAACAGUGGAACUAUACCCAAUGUAGUGAAUCCGAAUCCAUUGGAGCAUGUUAAUCAUUCAUCGGAGGGUAAUGGUGAAACUUUGCUGAUUGCUGAGACAGGCAACGUGCCAGCUGGCGAGAUCCCAUUGGAGCACGUUAUUCAUUCAUCGGAGAGUAAUGAUGAAACUUUGCUGAUUGUUGAGACAGGCAACGUGCCAGCUGGCGGGAUCCCAUUGGAGCACGUUGAUCAUUCAUCGGAGAAUAAGGAUGAAACUUUGCUGAUUGCUGAGACAGGCAACGUGCCAGCUGGCGGGAUCCCAUUGGAGCACGUUGAUCAUUCAUCGGAGAAUAAUGAUAAAACUUUGCUGAUUGUUGAGACAGGCAACGUGCCAGCUGGCGGGAUCCAAUUGGAGCACGUUAAUCAUUCAUCGGAGGGUAAUGGUGAAACUUUGGUGAAUGUUGAGACGGGCAACCUGCCAGCUGGCGGGAUCCCGUUGGAGCACGUUAAUCAUUCAUCGGAGAAUAAUGGUGAAACUUUGAUGAUUGUUGAGACAGGCAACGUGCCAGCUGGCGGGAUCCCAUUGGAGCAUGUUAAUCAUUCAUCGGAGGAUAAUGGUGAAACUGUGCUGGUUGUUGAGACAGGCAACGUGCCAGCUGGCGGGAUCCCAUUGGAGCACGUUAAUCAUUCAUCGGAGAAUAAUGGUGAUACUUUGCUGAUUGCUGAGACAGGCAAUGUGCCAGCUGGCGGGAUCCCAUCGGAGCACGUCAAUCAUUCAUCGGAGAAUAAUGGUGAAAAUUUGCCGAUUAUUAAGACAGAAGUCAAUGCUAAUGCAAAUCUACAACAUAGCAUACUAGCGCCAUUUGCUUCUCACGAAGUGAUGCAUCCGGAAUCUUCCACGGAACCUUCCGGAACCCUAGCUUCAUCUCCGGUAAUAGCUCCGUCACCUUCGGAACAACCAAUCUCCGCUAAACAGUGUCGUGAUUCCUCAGAUCAGAGUACCGGCUUCAUCUUCAGUGGCUAACUGAGUUGUUGUACUGCCGAUGGUUUUCGUUGCGUUGUUCACCGGAAGCCAAGUUUUUCGUUCCGAAGUCCAAAGCAUGAUCUCGGGUUUUCCCAUGAAGUCAUUGUGAGGCAGUAAUUAUGUUACUUCUUAUUGUGUUUUACCCCUUUGCUGAAUUGAAUUUCUUAUCGAUGGAUUUUAUUUUACUUUAGCUCUUUUAUCUGAAGAACGAAAUUGAAACUCGUUGCAAGAACUUUGUGGAUGGUAGUAUCUUUCUUGUGCGACAUUUUUCUCUCAAUUUUCAAUACAUUCUCUCUUUAGUUUCUUUUAUUCUUUUGUCUGCAAAGUAUUUCCUUAGAAUUUGUAAGUACUUGUAUUGAAGUUAGUUUAUGCAUAAAAGUACUUAUUGAAUAUUGUAAGUACCUUAUAUUGAAGUGAGUUUAUGCAUAAAAGUACUUGUUGAAUUUG